AAUACAAAGUGUUGUGCAUGAAGAAAUAAAAAACUGAAGUGAGAGCUUACCCUCAGUCUUAUAAAUUGAGUCCUCCUUCCCCUUAUACUGAUACACUCUCCCCAAACAUAUUUGUCACAACAAAAUGAGCAGAAUUAAAGAAUUCUUUGCUAGGUCAGAUUCUAUCAAACAAACAUUCAAAACCAAGAAAAAACUAUACAUCAUCAUCUUCUCAUCCUUCCUACUUGUAGCUACCCUGAUCGGCAUUGCAAUCAGAGAGAGUAACAAGUCUGGAACCAACCAAGGUUCGUCGGCUGCUUCGCUGAAUUUGAGGUCUACUGCAGCCCAUGCGGUGGUCAGAAGCUCAUGUAGCAAUACGCUAUACCCGGGACUAUGCUACUCCACAAUUGCAAAUUAUGAUCCCGACGUGUCGAAAAAGGUGACUAGCCAGAAAGAUGUUAUCGAGCUGUCGUUAAACAUUACAUGCAAAGCUAUCCAGAAGAAUUACUUUCAAGUGGAGAAAUUGAUGGCCAAGAGAGGGAAUCAUCUGACAAAACGUGAGAAUUGUGCCCUUCAUGAUUGUCUAGAGACGAUCGACGAGACGCUAGAUGAGCUGCACGAGGCCAUAAGUGAUCUCGAAAGUUAUCCAACUAAGAAGUCUCUGACACAACAUGCUGAUGACCUCAAAACCCUGAUAAGCUCAGCCAUAACAAACACAGAAACAUGCCUAGAUGGGUUUUCGCACGAUGGCGCGGACAAAAAUGUCCGAAAGGCCUUGUUGAAGGGACAAUUACAGGUAGAGAAAAUGUGUAGCAAUGCACUGGCCAUGAUAUGUAACAUGACUGGAACGGAUAUCGCUAAUGAGAAGGCAGCCAUGUUGGCCAAGGGGAGAAAACUUGAGGAGCAAGAAACUAGUGAGGCCGGGUGGCCUGAAUGGUUGUCGGCAGGAGAUAGGCGUCUUCUUCAGUCAUCCAAAGUAACGCCUGAUGUGGUGGUGGCAGCUGACGGCAGCGGUGACUACAAGACUGUAGGAGCCGCCGUGGCAGCCGCACCGCAGGGGAGUUCAAAGAGGUAUGUGAUCAGAAUUAAGGCUGGAGUAUACAAAGAAAAUGUGGACGUGAGCAAGAAGAAGAAGAAUAUAAUGUUUUUGGGAGAUGGAAGAGCUAAUACCAUCAUUACAGGUAGUAGGAGUGUCAAAGAUGGAAGCACUACCUUCACCUCGGCUACCGUAGCUGCUGUUGGGGAAAGAUUCUUGGCACGAGACAUAACAUUCCAAAACACCGCUGGUCCAUCCAAGCACCAAGCAGUGGCGCUUCGUGUCGGAUCCGAUUUUUCUGCAUUCUAUCAAUGCGACAUACUUGCUUACCAAGACACCCUCUACGUCCACUCCAACCGCCAAUUCUUCAUCAACUGUCUCAUUAGCGGUACAGUAGAUUUUAUCUUCGGCAAUGCAGCCGUCGUGCUACAAGAUUGCGACAUUCAUGCCCGUCGCCCCGACUCUGGUCAGAAAAACAUGCUAACCGCCCAAGGCAGAACCGAUCCUAACCAAAACACAGGAAUUGUUAUACAGAAGUGUAGAAUUGGUGCCACGUCAGAUUUGAAGCCAGUGCAGGGAAGCUUUCCAACAUAUUUGGGACGACCAUGGAAAGAGUACUCGAGAACAGUAAUAAUGCAAUCGUCGAUAACAGAUGUAAUCAGACCGGCCGGUUGGUUCGAGUGGAGUGGGAAUUUUGCUCUGAACACAUUGUAUUAUGGGGAGUAUCAAAAUACGGGAGCUGGGGCAGGCACAUCUGGGAGAGUGAAGUGGAAGGGGUACAAAGUCAUAACAAGUGCCACGGAGGCUCAAGGCUUUACUCCGGCCCGCUUUAUUGCCGGUUCCUCUUGGUUGAGUUCUACUACUUUUCCUUUUUCUCUUGGUCUGUGAUUUUUUUUAGCGCUUCUUUCCGUCUCUAUCAAUCGUCGGUUCUUUUCAAUUAAAAUUAUAUAUGGACAUGCACGAUAUCUGUACUCUUUAUUAAUAUGCCAAAUGCCAAACCCAAGCCCAAACCCUUUUUAGCAGAAGUAUGACAUACCUUUGGGCAUGAUCAUAUAAUGUUUUUUAUGUAAUAAUUAUUAUUAGGAAAAACUUCCAUAUUAUCCAGAAUUUUGUAAUGUAA